AUGUUGUUAAGAGAUGGUACCAUAUACUUUGGCGUCCUCUUUUUGCUGAGUCUCUCCGACAUUAUUUUGUCAGUCACCAAUACGUUCAGCGACACGACAACGUUUAUCGCGAUCUUGACACCGAUGCUUCUCGCCCGCUUCUUUCUCAACCUGCGCCAGAUUGACAAUUCAGGCCACGACACCGAGAUGUCUUUUCAAGUAGAGUCGCAUCAAGCCUCGAAUCUCCGGUUUGCCGCAAGCAUCUUGGGGAACAUGGGACAGUCGCUUGGGAUCGGUGGGGAAGAGACGGACGGAGAUCUGGACCCAGAGGCGGCGGCGAACGGCUCAAACGAAUCGGAUCCAGACAGUGUCAUGAGGAAGCUUGAAGAGCGCACUGGAAUGCAGUGA